AUGCUUGCGUCGCUUGGGACGCCUACCAAGGAGCGCACCGAGUCGGCCUACGCGCCUCUCCCGAGCGACGAAGGGGGACGACGCCGUGCACCCACGCCCAGACCAAAGCCGCAGAAGCCCUUCUGGCGGCCCACGACAGUCGCAGCCUCGCUCGCCCUCGUCUUCCUCGCCGCCUUCACCCUUCACGGCCCUUCAACCAUCUCUCCCUCCUCCCUGAUCCGCCCCAUCCAGCCAUCCGACGCCUCGCUCGCACCGUGGGAGCGCCUCCGCCAGCUCAACGCCGACUACGAUCCCGUCAAAGAGCCUUUCGGGACAGGCAACGCCCGCCUCGACUUGUACCGCAACGAGAUGCUCGCCGCAAUUCGAGAGAUGUUCGGCCAUACAUCGGCGACGAGUGUGCCGAUGCUGUAUGGCGAGGAUGAGGAGUUGCUGGAGGAUAUGCUCUGCCAUCUCGACCUUGGGUGCAGCGACUUCAAGCCGAUACCGAAGCGUGUCUUCAGUCACGGGGAGCAUGACACGGCACUCUCGCAACUGCUGGAGUGGCAGGACCUCAAUGCGGAGCUGUUCGAGCUACAACUGUCGAACAACGAGGACUUGCGGACUUGGGCCGGUCGUCGGUUCGCCUCGUCGUCCAUCCCCGAGUUGUUCGACGCCCUACCCUCUCCAGCACACCAAGACGAUCUCUCCCGCUUUCUCGCCCUCCUCGCGACAGGCGGACUCUUCACCUCGCCGACCAGCCAUCCCCUCCAACCCAUCGCCGACUGGUCUCGCAACGCAGUCGACAUCACCGACCGCGUCCUCGCGCCGGCCUACGACCCGCUCUCUCCUCCCUCACUCGUCGUCGGCAUCGGAUGGACCGGCUACACGGUCAAGAACCCGCUUAACCCGCUCUUUUCACGUUCGGCGGGAUUGGCGUUCGAGACGUUUGGUGCGACGCCGGGUCAUCCGGUGCUUGUUGAUGCGGUGCGGAGUAUCUGGAGGAGUGCGAGGCUUGUUGAAGCGGGCAAGGAUGAGGGCGGCAAAGGCGAGCAGAGCGUGCGGGCGGAUGGUCGCGGGGUCUUGCACUUUGGCCCGCUGACGGGCGAUGCGGAGCGGGAGUGGGCCGGCGCAGGGGUCCUGACAGACGCAGUCGCAAGAUACCUUCGCACCCGCUGGGCGACCUCGCUCGCCCUCAUAUCGCGCUCGCCCGUCCCUGUUCGAGUUGGCGACGUCCUCGUCCUCCCGAUGGGCUCCCUCAAUGCCCGCCGCACUCGUUUCGCCAAGCUGCUCGACUGGUCGGUCGGAAGGGACUUUUCGCCUUUGUCGGUGGAGAAGGAUUUCGUCGCGCUGGAGGGAUGA